AUGCCCAAACCCAGCAAUUCAACAAUGAAUAACAACAAUUGCAACAAACUUCAAAAAAUAAGUUCAACUGCACGAAUCUCUAAAAUUGCACCAAGAAAUGGAUGGUGUAAUGAUGAAAUUGUGUUGAAAAGGCGAGAAAAGGUAUCUUUGUGAUUAUUUAAACUUCUAGAUGUAAUUUUGAAAUGAACUGAAUUUUUUUAAAGGAAAUUCAACGAGUCAAGGAGAAAUUGGUGUAUAAAAAGUAUGUUGAAACUAUUCCAAAAAUCGAUCGAAUAAAAGGAAUUCAUCCAAGAACACCGAAUAGAAACAUUGAUUAUAGUAGAAGAAGUUGGGAUGGACAAGUAAGUAUUUUUGAUUUGAACAAAAAAAAUUUUUUGUAA